ACUCGCGGCCAGCUGAGCCCCAGGAGUAAACACGGGGCUCCUCCGGCCGAGUGCGCAGUGUGGUGACCGGCACUCGCCUCGCUGACUGAUCGCACUAGAGGAAUAUUUCGGGAGACUCCUGUGGGUAAGGAAGCAGCCACGGAAAGACAGAAGAUGAAAGCUCCUAUUCCCAACUUGAUUCUCUUGUAUGCUACUCUGACUCAGAGCCUGAAGGUUGUAACCAAAAGGGGAUCAGCUGAUGGAUGCACUGACUGGUCUGUGGAUUACAAGAAAUAUCAAGUUCUAGUGGGAGAACCUGUUCGUAUAAAAUGUGCACUCUUUUAUGGAUAUAUUAGAGCUAAUUACUCCCUAGCCCAAAGUGCUGGACUUAGUUUGAUGUGGUACAAAAGCUCUGGACCUGGAGAUUUUGAGGAACCUAUAGCUUUUGAUGGAACCAGAAUGAGCAAGGAAGAAGACUCCAUUUGGUUCAGACCAACAGUGGUACAAGACAGCGGGCUCUAUGCAUGUGUUAUAAGAAACUCAACUUACUGUAUGAAAGUGUCCAUUUCGCUGACGGUGGGUGAAAAUGACACCGGACUCUGCUACAAUUCAAAGAUGAAAUAUUUUGAAAAAGCUGAACUUAGCAAAAGCAAGGAAAUCUCAUGUCCUGAAAUUGAGGAUUUUUUAUUUCCAUUUAGGGAGCCUGAAAUUCUGUGGUAUAAGGAAUGCAAGUCAAAGACAUGGAGAUCAAGUAUUGUGUUUAAAAAGGACACUCUUGUCAUUCGGGAAGUUAGAGAGGAUGACAUUGGAAAUUACACUUGUGAGCUAAAAUAUGGAUUCUUUGUUGUCAGAAGAACUACGGAGUUGACAGUUACAGCCCCACUAACAGAUAAACCACCAAAGCUUUUACAUCCCUUGGAGAGUAAGCUAACAAUUCAGGAGACCCAGUUAGGUGGUUCUGCUAAUCUAACCUGCAGAGCUUUCUUUGGAUACAGUGGAGAUGUCAGUCCUUUAAUCUACUGGAUGAAAGGGGAGAAGUUUAUUGAAGAUUUGGAUGAUAAUCGAGUCUGGGAAAGUGACAUUAGGGUUCUCAAGGAACAUCUUGGGGAACAGGAGGUUUCCAUCUCAUUGAUUCUUGACUCAGUUGAAGAGGCAGACCUGGGAAAUUAUUCCUGCUACGUCGAGAAUGGGAACGGACGCCGCCAUGCCAGUAUUCUUCUACACAAAAGGGAGCUGAUGUACACAGUUGAGCUUGCUGGUGGGCUUGGUGCUAUUCUGCUGCUGCUUGUUUGUUUAGUGACUAUCUACAAGUGUUACAAGAUAGAGAUUAUGCUCUUCUACAGAAAUCAUUUUGGAGCUGAAGAACUAGAUGGAGACAACAAAGAUUAUGAUGCAUAUCUAUCUUAUACCAAAGUGGAUCCUGACCAGUGGAAUCAAGAAACUGGAGAAGAAGAAAGAUUUGCUCUUGAGAUUCUACCAGAUAUGCUGGAAAAGCAUUAUGGAUACAAGUUGUUCAUACCGGACAGAGAUUUGAUUCCCACAGGAACCUACAUUGAAGACGUGGCAAGAUGUGUAGACCAAAGCAAGCGACUGAUCAUCGUCAUGACUCCAAGUUACGUGGUAAGAAGAGGUUGGAGCAUCUUUGAACUGGAAACAAGGCUUCGAAAUAUGUUAGUCACGGGAGAAAUCAAAGUGAUACUGAUUGAAUGCAGUGAACUACGAGGAGUUAUGAACUACCAGGAGGUUGAGGCCCUAAAACAUACCAUCAAGCUCCUCACUGUCAUUAAAUGGCACGGACCAAAAUGCAACAAGUUGAAUUCCAAGUUCUGGAAACGUUUACAGUACGAAAUGCCUUUUAAGAGGAUUGAACCCAUGACAAACGAGCAGGUUUUAGAUGUCAGUGAGCAGGGGCCCUUUGGGGAACUCCAGACAGUCUCCGCAAUUUCCAUGGCUGCUGCCACCUCCACUGCUCUUGCCACUGCCCAUCCAGACCUGCGCUCCACCUUUCAUAACACAUAUCAUUCACAGAUGCGCCAGAAACACUAUUACCGGAGCUAUGAGUACGAUGUACCUCCUGCUGGCACCCUGCCUCUUACCUCAAUAGGUAACCAGCACACCUACUGCAACAUCCCCAUGACACUUAUAAACGGGCAGCGGCCGCAGACAAAAACUAACAGGGAGCAGAACCCCGAAGAGGCUCACACAAACAGUGCCAUACUGCCCCUCCUGCCACGGGAGACCAGUAUAUCCAGUGUCAUUUGGUGACCGACAUGCAAGGGGCUGCCAACCCCCUUGAGUAGGAGCAGAGUCUGCAGUCUGGUGCCUGGAACUACAUCCUCGACUGCUGCUGUUAAACAUGCAUUACAAUCGAUAACAAACGAGGAAAAACAGGGUCUUGUACAUAUGUUUUUUCAAUUUCUUUGUAGCAUCAGUCUUCCUGUUUUACCCAUGUCUCUUCCCAUUCACAUUUUUGACUUUGUUUUAUAUGUCAUUGGAAUUUGUAUAUUUACAUUUUUUUUAAAUGAAGAGACUGCUGUAUAGAUAGGAAACUUUUUUGCUUCAUUAGUAUAGUUUUAGACUUUUUUGUUUGUUUGUUUAUAACCUCUCUUGGGAAUGCUUGGACAAAGCUAUGUUGAUAUCAGAAGCACCAUCCAUUUUGUUGGCCUGCCUAGCCAUGCCUGCUGCAGCUCACCUCUUUUGGAGAGUUUUUGUUCUUAGAAGGACCCCACUGCUCACUGAGAGCUCCAGUUUCAUUUCUACUCCCGUAAUGUGCACUGCUCCUUCCCUGCCCUUACAAAGAGCCCCAUUUGGGGUAAUACUACAGUCUGACCAUCUAACAUGUAACUUGGUAGAUACCUGUCAAACAAGAGAAAAUACCCAAUCUGUAUUGGUUGCUUCACAGUAGUCACUAGAGUGUGUAGAAACUAUAGCCGGUUUGGUUUUUGCUUUCUUGGGUUUGGUUUCUUUCUUAAUUCUUAUUUUAAGAAUGAGUUGGUUGUAUGCCUUUUAUAAAUAUAAAAGCAACCCUAUUUUUAACACGUCCUGGAAAAGUAUUAAUGUGGUUGUGGAUUUUAUUUUUUAAGCACUCUUUUUUUUUCUUCCUUUCUCAACUUUCAAAAUCUUGCAAAUAACAUUUGCAAAUGUCAGGCGAGUAAGACAAGUGAGGCAAUAGACACUGAAGUGCAGAGUCCUGCUGAUAUGUACAGUGAUGACUUCCAAACCAAAGGGGAAUAAAAAAGACAGUAUUGUAGAUGGUUUGUCACUUUGUAUUAUAGAAAGUGUUAUUUUCAAAAAAAAAAGUAAGAGCAAAACAUUAUUUUCCUGUGGAUUUCAGAGUCCCUUGUAUUUUAAUGUUCCAAAAACUGUAUUUGCUUUAAAAUUAUAUAUUCAAGAUUAAGAAAUCUUCUUUCAUUUGGUUUUAGCUUGUAACGAUAAAUAAAACUUUAUUAAUUUCAACAUGAUUUCAGUAAGAACUCAGGCAGAAAAAAUGACGUGAUUACCAGAAAUAUAACUGUUUUCAGAAUAAACUUUAUUUAUACAAAAUUAAUAUUUAAAUCAGACCUGGAAGUAUUAAAAAAAAUAUUCACUUUAAUGAAUAAAUAAAUUAGUUUUAUUUUUAUGUAUGAUUCCAUCUUUGAGGAGUUGCAAAUAAUGCAUGUACCAUGGCUGACAGGGAUGAAUAAAAGCCCACCACUGUGUUUACAUCCAGACACCUUUGAGACAAAUUAAAUAAGCACCUUGCUCAUACUUAUGUUUUAAAUAACAGAAAGUCCUUUCUGGUUUUAGAAGUAGAGAGGAGUGGUGCAGCUCUACAACAAAUUCAGGCCAAGCUCUCUGCUGGCAGAAGCAGAGGAGCUGGAGUAGAGCUACUGGUUGCAGCACACUGUCAUAGAGCCUUGGGUUUGAUUUACCCUGGCAGAAGUGUAACUGGUGUCCUGGCAAACAGGCCUUGGAGUCUAUUUAUGUAAUUAAUUAGCUUUAGGUGUUUUUGUGGCAGCUGAAUGAUAUCGGCCAAUACAAUGGAUGUUGUGGGGUUUGCUCAUCAUGAUUGUCACAACAAGAAAAGUAGAGCUUAUAAUAUUUUGGUCUUAAUGAGAAGUGAGUGGAGAAGCUGCAGGUUGAGAGAUAUUUGUGGGAGCAAUCCAGAACUGACAGUGCGGGAGGAAAUGACUGUUCUUCUGUUGUGAAAGUCAAGAAAUCUCAGCAUCUGCAUAAGAAGCUAAUAGACCUUUGAGGUGUACACUUUCAUUUGCUUAAAAUGUUUAUUUCUCUGAGAUUAAUUUCAAGUCCUUUUCUACAACCCGUUCUUUAUUAUAGUGUCUCUGGACAUGUGCCAAACAUCCACAAAAUGGAAAUUAGGCUGCCAGGUCACAUAAAAUUUUAAGAGAACUUUGCACGUUUGCUUUAAAAAAGCUAUUAUUUAUUUGCUCUUACAGACACCUGUCAGGCACUGAUGGCAUUUUCCUUCAUUCAUUUGGAUGCCUGUCCUGGUUUUCACUGGGCUGAGGGGAGGAGAAGGGGAGGGGUUGAGUGAGUGGCAGUGUGGUGCUUAAUUUCCAUCUGGGCUUAAAUCACAACAGUCCCAAAUACCCCAGGAUCCUCUGAAAGCAAUGCAUUAUUCUUUUCCCCUUUACAUGCCCUGGUGUAAAGACUGGGAUGUGGAAUAAAUGUAGGAUGUAAUUAUUUGAAAAUGGGUAGGUCUUUCCUUAGCCACAUGGGAAGAAAUUUUCUCUUCUUCUAUUUUUAGUGUAGAUUUAAGCACUUUGAAUAGCAUGAUUCAGGGAUUGACAAAUACUAUUUGAUAUUCACACUACUUAAAGGAAGAUUUUCUUAUAAUGUUUUGUCAUAAUAUUAAAUAUAAGAAAAACAAGCAAACAAGAUAAAAGAGAAACCACAAAACCUGAAAUAAGUGGAGAAGUUGUCUGUGGCUUUAGAAACAUUCCUCCUUAGUACUCCCUCUUCUGUGAACAGCUCUGUGUGGGGAACAGUGAAGGAAAGUGUUGUGUGUUCACGUGCUCUAUGUUUGACAAAAAUUCUGUUGGAAUGCAAAAUAAAAUGGAAACAAACAAACAAGCAAACAAAACAAAACCAACAAAAAUUGUCAUUGCCCUAGUGCUUAGGCUCCAUCAUUUUUGGUGAAGGUGUUUUGGUUUUUGACAAUGCAGCCUGAAAUGUGCAUGCAAUAGCCACAUAUAAGGUUUAGCCAUAAGCAAAUAGCACUUUAUUUUAAAAAAGGCACAGUGUGAUGAUCAGAAAAACUUACUCUGCCUGGUUAAUAACUUUGGGUCUGUAUGUGGAUUCUAUGCACGUGAAUUAUUCAAGUGUGGUGCUCUGUCUUUAUAAGGCUCUCUCCAAUCAUGGUAGUCCAUAUUAUAAAAGGACUCUUGUUACACAGCUUGUGUAAAUUCAGUAUAUAGGUUCGUCAGAGAGGAUACAUAGCUGGAAAGAAAUGGGAGACUGUAUAGAAUGCAGCUAAUUAUUUUGAAGACAAAAUGCAUUGCUGGGUCUGAUUCUGUUCUCAGUUACAGCAUUAUGAUUUGAGAGUAAAUCUAAUAAAACUGAAUGAGUGCAGGAUUGAUUUGUUGGGAGAAGAAAACUGGAAAAACAAAGAAAAAGAAAAAGGAAUUCAUAUUUGCAGUCUGUGACAAGCUGAAAUCUUGGCUGCAAGGAAAGGAACAGCAAAAUGCCUUCUGGAUUUUAGUGGGGACCCAGUUCUCACCUGGCAGCCAACAUCAAACGCUUUCUAUAUGUUCUAUCCACAAAGUUCAGCAUUGUUAGGCUAAGGCGCAAACUAAGAUUUUUCUAUUUCUGCAAAGCUGUGAAAACCAUGUGUAUUUUACAUAAUGGGUGAUAAUCAGUUCCAUAAUAGUCAGAAAGCUUGUUAUACCCGCCUGAUCCAAAUUCACAAGGCUUUAUUUGGAUAUUGUGCAUUAAUGACUCAUUUAAAUUAUAGAUAGAGCAGUGAGAUUUGGGAAAAGUGGCCUAGUAAAAAGGAUUCCUUCAUUUUUACACCAAAAAAAAAGAAAAAAAAAAAAAAAAAGAAGAAGAAAAUGUCAAGCUAGUAAGCCUAAGGAGAAUUUAAUUAAAAUCCAAAGAAGGAAGAAAACCACAAUAGUAAAGUAAGCUCAAAAAUAGAACAAUGGUCAAUGGAGAAUAAAGGGCAAAAUACCCACUUGCUUUUUGACUGUGUUGUGGUUUCUUUUGUCAUGCAAAGCUCUGUACUCUGGCUGACCUACAUCAAGCAACUGGCUUUUUUGGAGGCCAUCCAGACAGAUCAGCAACACAAAUAUGUCCCUGUAUGUCUAAUACACUUCCGAAGGAUUUUGUACUUGUUGAUAGUCCAGCACAGUCCUUCCAUUGUUGUUAUAAAGAGGAAGGCAAAAAUCUGUCAGCACUAAAAAAAAUCUCUGUAACAGACUUAGUUUAUUAACUAGAAUAACUAAAUUCCUUCACUCCUACCCCCUACCUGGUUUGUUGUUGUUGGGACACAUUUUCUAACCCAGCUGAGAAAUAGGUUAAAGUGGCUGGCAACAGAAAAAAUGUAAGCAACCUCAUAAGAAUGUUUCCUUGUAUUAUGAGGGUUGAAAAUUCCUUGGCCUUUUUGUUUUUUGUUUGUAUAGGCACAUCUCUUCACCUCCUAAAUAGCCCUCUGAGUGGAGGUUGAAGAACACCAUUGUGUCUUUAAUUUCAGAUUCACUGAAUUUAGCAUGGAUAUUGAGCUGUUGUUUGUGAUGUAAUUCUGCUGGGCCAUUUUCCAUUGACUCUGUCCCUAUCCUCCAAUACGUUGGCAGCAUCACACUUCACCAAAGAGCCUUGACUUGAUGUUCCAAAACUCAGAGUUGUUGCCCUGGGGAGCGAAAAUGAUAAAAAUGUUUCAGCUAUUAAGAGUUUUUCUAUGCUUUUUUUUUUUUUUAAAUUCUCAUUAUAACAAAGUUUGAUUUUGCUCUGGACUAAUAAGCUCUGGUGUAUGUUUAGAGUCCAUAGGGUCAUAAGUAGUUAGAGAAGAAAUUACAAAGGCAGGUCUGAUAUCUUAUGUGGAAAACAUGUCAAUUCUCAAGCUGUUCAGGUUACUGAAAAACGAGUAUAUUUUUAUUGAGACUUUUUAAAGGGACAAAUUCAACUUGUAAUUACAACCAGACUCAUCCCAAAAGCUUAUCAGCAUUCUUAACAUUAAAUAGCUAAUACCUUAAAUAACAUAAUUUCAGAAUCAUUCAACAGUCAAUUCAAAUAUUGUUAUUUGGGGGGACUAAGAGUUUCAUGAUUGUCUAGGAUCUAAAUGUUAAAUAGUUUAUCUAGUAUUGAGGUUAUAGAGAGUACAAACAUUUUUCUUGAUCACUAGUCUAAGGAAAAUAAUUUGAAGAAAAAUGUGAGAGCUAAGAAUUUGAGGGAGUUAUUGAUAUCUUUUAUAAAGACUUCUCUUAACCAUCAGAACAUGCCAAAAGGAAGAGACAAAUUAUGAAGAAAUAAAAUAGAUCUGUUUUUUAACCUUCUCUUUCUCUGUUAAUCAAAUACUAGCUCUCCCUCUGCCAUCCUCAAAAAUACAAAGUCAUCCAGGAUCAAUUAAUAUCUACUGAGCCCAUACUCUCAAACUCAUUUUGUGACAGAGUGCAAGCCAGAGCAGGAAGCUGCACUGUAUGUCUAUGACUGAGAAGCUCCACAGAGGGGAAAGUGUGUUCCUAUGCAUGGAGGAGGGCAGCACAGACUCCUCUGGCCUCAUGUUUAGCUGCUCCUGUGUGGGUGGUUGCAGAAGGAACCUCUGGCAUCCCCACUGUCCUACCUGCUGUAGGCAGCACACAGGGAAGGUGGGCAGAAAAUAGCUACUGAUGUUAGUGAAAAUAAACAUGAGAACUAUCAGAUGUUGAGGGACAGGUACCCUGGGGCAAAGCUGCUGGAAGAGCAGGAACAGCUGGCAAUAUUUCCCAUUUGCUCCAUGUUCAAACUAAACACCAGCACCGAGCAUAGAAAGAGGUCAGCUUGCUUGGUUAGUGUGAAAGCACUACAUGGCAGCUACAGGAAAUUGCCAUCUCAGUCAGGUAACACCACACCUGAGCACUCCUGCAGGAAUUUCCACCCCAUCCUGUCCCUCCCAUCCUAUCCAGUCCCAUCCCCUCCUCUCAUAUCUGUUUACCUUGCAGACUGAAGUACAAGCACUCAAAGCUUGCUGUAAGGCUUCAGGUUGGGGUUCACACAAAAACUCUUUGCAGAGAUGUUUAGGGUGAGUAGAUGUCUUCUUUCCUGUGACUUGCAGGAGUAAAACUUUGAGCUGAAAAAAGGCUGUAUUUUUUGUUCUCAGUAUACCAUUUUUCACAUCCACAUAGAAUGCUCAUGUGAAGCAACAUCCUGAUACUAUUCUGAUCUUCUCUGAGAUAAAAAAAUCUUUAAAAUGUCAGUUAUGGGCUCAAGAUAUUCCUUUAAGCUGCAGUCUGCACACACACACUUGAAAAACAAGCAUAAAGAAAGAAAAGCAAAUUAGCAAUGCAAUUACUUAAUCUUUUUUAACCUGGGUUUAUAGAAUUCUUUUUAAAAGGAAGGUUGUUUUCUCCUGAUGUUUUGUAGGAAGUUAAGUAAGAGUCUUUUCUGAAUUUUCUCUACAUUCUUUGCAUGACAGGUAAAUCAUAGAGAUAUUUGUUUAGAAAAUCCCAUUAUUCAUUGUAAAUUUAAAACACAAGUGGCAAUGAAUUUACAGACAUACAAGAAGUUGUUUGCCAGAGUUAAUAUUCUGUGGCGAACAGCUCACUGCAGCCCUAAUUGAGUUCUUAGGAAUGUUUCAGCAGAAAAUUUAAACAAUGAGUAUUAUAUGUUUACCUUUAGCAUCACAUUAGAACACUGUACAUUUUUCAUCUUAACAUCUAGGCAACUUCAUGUGGAACAAUUAUGUAAAUACAAAGCAGUGAGGAGAACAGUGACACAACUGUCUCUCCAUCUAUCUUAGCAAAAUAUUUCAGUGACACCAGGCUCCUUCUUUGACACCACUAAACUAUGCCUACCUCAGCAAAACACAUGAAUCUGCAAACUGUGCAGAUAUCUGGGACAAAAUUGUUGCAAUAAUCACUCUCAAAUCUUACUUACAUCACAGAAAGCACUUUAUGCAAUUUUAUUCCUGUACAUAGGUAUUUUAACUUGUUGGUUAAAUGGUUAUUUAAUCAUAGAACUGUACAACAAAAUAAAAUAAGUAGCACUCAAAAAAGGCAAGGAAAUCCUGAAAAUCUGAGUUUUUUCAUAGCAAGGUAUUUCCCAUGUGCUGCAAGGAGAUGACAAACUUGUAACCAAGGCAUUGCUAGGGAUGCUGUGACACAGGUACAUUGCUGGGGUGACACGGGGUGGGAGAGGUACAGGGAAGAUUUUUAUUGGUCGUGUCAUGACCAGGUAGGUUAACACAACUAGCAUUCAUCAAGUCCUGCUGCCACAGGAAAUUACAGAUAUCUUUUGCCUAGAAUCCCAAAUUUAGAAGAUACUUCCUUCACCAACUGUUUGCUAUCUGAAGCCAUUUAUAUAACCUUGUUAGAUGUAGGAUUUUUUUUUUCCUAGUUAAAAGGACCUACCUGAAUAUCUGCCAAAUUUCCUGUUGUAAAUAAUGCUGUCAGUACAGUUCAUCUCUUAUUUUCUCCAAUUACCUCUUCACUCUUCUAAACAAAAGAGCUUGUGAAUAGCUUUCAGUACCACACAGCAAAUACUAUUCCUACAUUUUUUAAAUAUUUUUAGUUGUUUGAAGAGUGAGAAGCAGCAGCAAAGAUGCUAUCGGCUUGAAAUGACACUUGCCAAAAUGUUCUUUAGGGAAUGUUGAAGAAAAAUUCCUUUUUAGUCAUUCUGUUCACCUUACCAGGUAUACAACCUUCAAGAUCCCCUCAGACAGGAAUCUCGAGCAUAAGAAGUUGGACAGAGACUGAAAUAAUUAAUUUUCAAGAAUGUUUUCAUUCCUUGUAGCGUCUUGAAUUGUGUUUUUGUUUGCUUGGACUUGCUUUGUUUUGUUCUGAUUUGUUUUCAUAAGGACACAUCAGGACUGAGAUACCAUUGCACUACAUGAGUUUAUUAGAAAGAAUGGAGUGGAAGUCCAGAGAACUGGAGUAAAAUAGUCAUAAACAAGUCUGAAAGUCAGGAGACUUUCAGCACAAAUGUACACAUGGAAACUGUUCAAAGAGCUGCUGGAUUUCCUUAGCUCCCACUUCAGUCAGUUCUCUACUUUAUAGCCAAUCCAAAAAAUAGGUAUUUUAAGGGAAAAUUGUCCUUUCAGGUGCUAUUAUACUUGGAGUCUCAGGCACAGUGAGUCUGAUUCCCUCUGCUCACUGAGAAAUGAGCUUCCUUUUAAAAGCUGAGGUUUUCCCAGCCUUCUGAUUGCUACCUGUUGGUUUUCUAAGGCUCUCCAAAGUCUUGAAAAAUAAAUAAAUAAAAUAUUUCAAAGUCAAGUUGAAUCCAUAGGAACUUACAAAAUUAUCAUUGGUUAUUUCAAAUACUUUACUAGAACACAGCUAUCUUCCCUUUCUUCCUGUAACUCUUAUGGUUCUUCUGCUCUAGGUAAUUUGCUGUAAUUUAUUUUACAUGUCCUGUAAAAAUAUGACCUAAGAUAUUUUUAUGUUAUUCAGAAAACUCAUAAAACAUUUGUGACAGCUUCAUUAUAAAGGUUUGAAGACUUGUUAAUGAUACAUGUUCAGCAUGCUAAUAAAGUUAAAGAAGGAAGCUGCCCAGUGCUGGGCAGUGGUGAAGCAGCAACAGGCAAUGAGUGGAGUAUACUAAAAGAAAGAAUACUAAUCUUAGCUUUUAGAGUAAAAGGGAUUAUCUCCCAACAAUGCAGCUAAAUAUCCCCUGUUGUCACUCAUGGCAGUUUUGAGCCACCUCUGAAUUUUGCAAGAAAAGCAUAUUAUUAAAGUCUUUGCAGUUACUAGUGUCAUGAAACCUUUGAUAAUAUAUAAAAUUAAGCAUAUGCACCAUUUCAUAAGUAAAUCUUUUUAUUGGCAUAUUAUGUGUUCUGCACCUUCUUCAGAUAACAAGUAAACAAAAUGAGCAAAAAGAUUUUUAAUGGAAAGAACAUAUGUCUAUUUCAAAUGCUAGAAGAAAAAUUUCAUCACCUGCUCUUUCCUAAAAAAAAACUGCAAAAGUAAUACAAAUAAAGCAAUUUUUUCUAGAGGAUUUAGUUUCUUUAAUUUUAUUUAGUUCCUUUACUCAUCUCAGAAGGACCUGACUGUCCACAAGCAGAAUGCACAACCCAACUCAAGCAGUGAUAUUCCCUUCUUGGGAACCCACUGUUCAAAGUUAUCACCUGGAUAAGCAUCUUGAUAAAGCACUUUGUUAAUAAAGCUCUCAGCUGGACUCCCAUAAUCUGAGGAGUCAGCAGAGUGGAAUUGCUUUGCAGCUCCUGUUGAAUACAUGCACAUACAUUGAAGAGAUAAAUGUCUCCUUACCAUCUUUAAUUUUGCAUUGAUGGAAUGGAGCAAGGAAGUGUCAUGCUAGGCUUUGGCACCUUUUAUCUUAAUUCUCUUUAUAGCUGAUUAAAGUAAAAAAAAAUACUUCUACUGGAGUCAGCAGAAUUAACUGUUGGUCAGUAUAAAUGGUGCAAAAAUAAAGAGCAGAAUCAGGCCCAGUCAUUGUGAACAUGAAUUUCUGUUUAUUCUACAAUUUAAUUGAAGUUUUAGCAUCAUUGUCUUUUCUAAAUGUCCAUAACUACUGCCAUAAAAACCAUAAAUUAACAUAUACAUUUUUUUUCAAGGUUUUCUUUAAGGCUACAAGUAUGACUAUAAAUUGGAAAAUGUGUCUCUUCCUUUAUACAAUUUGUUCAAAAUGAUUAAAGUUAAAAGUAUGAGCACUAAAGUUAAGUAGAAAUACAUCAACCUAUAUUUAUGCCUACUGUAUAUUAAAGAUUUUACCUAAAGAGAUGUACUUAUAUUUAUUUUUAAAAAAAAUUAGAUGGGGCACAGCUAAAAGGAACUGCAUUUUUGUAGUAACACUAUACUUAUUGCUGAGAAGCAAGAGAGUCAUAAUCAAAAUGUUACCUAGUUUCAGUGUAUGUUGCUUUAAAAUGAACAUGGUUUAUGUUAUCCUAACUUUUGGAAAAUUCACCAAGCCUGGUAUAAAAAAGAUGAAGACCUUAUUGUAAUAGCUAUAACAUAUUAAGCAUUUUGUAUUUUCAUCAAUUUUAUUCUUACAAGAGAAAAGACAUCACUCACUAAAUAUGAAUGCUGCACAUAUUAGCAAUAGAAACAUUGAUUUUUGUAACUUUGAUUGAACUUGCCUUAACUUUUCCACACAUAUAUACAAACACAAAUAACACAUAGAUGGGGGAAAAGAGGAUUAAGAGAAAUAAAACCCACAAAUGUAGGCAAGUUUUACAUUAUUUAAUGAGUAACAACACAUGAGCUUUUUCAAUAGAAUCCUUGUAAAGAGCACAUGAUGCCAUAAGUUUGUUAAAGCACAAGGUGUACUUUGUCUAGAUGAAAAAAAAAACCCAACAAAAUAACUCAAAACCAAACAAAAAAAAAAAAACUUUUGGUGUGACUUUGAUUUAGGUUUAAAAAAGUUGGAUGUUUAAAAAAAAUUCUUUAUUACUUGCAUAUGAAUAUUUUUGUAUGAUAAUAUAUGAAGAAAGUUUUAAAACAAAACAAAAAAAACCCACUUGCUUUAUAGUGUGCAAAUUUUAGAGGAAAGUAAACAGGGUAUGUGUCCAAUUUGUAAAACAAUGUCCUCCUUUCAAGAUUACUCUUUCACUGACUAAAUGCAAGGCUAUGACAACUUGAAAUACUUUCUUUUGUGAACUGACAAAGAAAAAAUAAAGCAAUGUGAAUAA